CAUGAUAGGGUUUGGCUUUCUUUUUUUUUUUUCCUUCUUGAUUUAACAAGUUGAAAAUCUGCUGAAUAAUUCAUGAAGAGUGGAAGGGCUGAAUCUUCCUGGAAUGAUAUACACUGUACGUACUGUGGCACAGGAGAAACUGCAAAGCUUUGUAUCAGUUGCUGCCGUUUCUGCUGCCGAUUGCAAGGUGCUGCUGCUUUUGCUGUUUUCACAGCUACAGAAACCUCAGUCGUGCUCUGGUCUGCCAACAGCCAUUUGCCUCCCUAUGGACCCACCUUCACCAGCUACAAUCUGUGGACUCUCUUGCUGCCUACCUGCCUUGGACACUGCUGGUUUUUGGAUCCUUACUGCAAACAGCAUUUUCUGGACCUUAAAGCUUGUAUGACUGAAACCUGCCUUAGAGUCCUUCAGCUGUGCAGCCUCCCGUGUGUUUGGUGAGGACUCCUGCAGCAGAACUUCUGACCCAGACAAGGAUGGGAUUUACAGGGCAAAGCCAAAACUGAGCUGCAUUCAGCGAGAUGCCCAACGCCUCUUCCUGGAGUGCUAGCUCGCCUCUGCUGCUGCUCUGGGAGGACUCCUCCGGGACUCGCAUCUUUCUGUCGCUGCUCUACGCAGUCUUAGCUAUCUCAGGGACUUUAUCCAAUGUGAUGGUCAUCUAUUUAGUCUUCUCCUUCAAGAAGCUGCAGACAACCAGCAAUGCCUUCAUCGUGAACGGCUGUGCGGCAGACCUGAGCGUGUGCGCCCUGUGGAUGCCCCAGGAGGCUGUGCUGGGGCUGCUGCCCCCCAAUUCCUCCUCCCUUCGCUCGGCGGAGUACCGGCUGCUCCGAGGGGGGCUCCUUGGCCUCGGCCUCACCGUCUCCCUGGCCUCGCACCUGCUGGUGGCUUUCAACAGGUACGUGCUCAUCACCAAGCUGCCCAGCGUGUACCAGGCCCUCUACCAGCGGAGACACACGGGCUGCAUGAUUGGGCUCUCCUGGGCCCUCGCCCUGCUCCCGGUCCCGCUGCUGCCCGGGCUCUGGACCCUGGGCUCAGCCCAGUCGGACGGCAGCUCUCGCUACACCGCCCUGCUCCUCGCCCUGGCCGUGCUGGGCCAGACCGCGCUGCUGCUCCACUGCUACCUCGGCAUCGUGCGGCGGGUGCGGGGCAGCGCCAAGCGGGUCAGCGUCCUCAACUUCCACCUGCUGCACCAGCUGCCCUUCCCCGCCGCGCCACCGCCGCCUCGCCGCGCCCAGCGCCGCCUCAGCAGCGUCUCCGUCCUGCUGCUCUGCUGCGUGUUCCUGCUCGGCACCCAGCCCCUGGUCUGGGUGAGCCUCCUGGGCUUCUUCCUGCGCCCGGCGCCGCCGGCGCUGCAGGCCGCCAGCUGGCUGCUGCUCUGCUCGCUCUCGGCCCUCAACCCGCUGCUCUACACGUGGCGCAGCGAGGAGUUCCGCCGGGCGGCCCGCUCUGUCCUGCCCCGCGGUGAGGGCCCGGCCGCCGCCCCACGCCCCUCGGCCGCCGCCGCGGGCCCCGCCGGUGCCCCGCCCUGCCCGCAGCUGCCGCGGCGCCGGGGCACGGGGAGCAGCGCCGCGGCCGCGGCCGCGCCGCGCUGA